AUGGGCGUAAGGCGCAAGCUCGUCUUCACCUUCGUACGACAUGGCGAGACAGAUGAAAACGCGCACAAGAUCCUUCAAGGGUCGAAGCACACACCCCUCAACGAGGCUGGACGCGAGCAGGCCCGCCGCCUCGGUGUUCGCCUGCAGAGGGAGCACGAGAGCACCAGCAAGGGGCGGAUUGGAUCCUCUACCUGCACGAGAGCCGGCACUUUGCAAGCUCAAGAACCUCCCUUCCACUUCAUCUUCUCCUCCAACAACCCAAGAGCGAGCGAAACGUCUGAGAUCGUGGCAGAUCAGCUUUCGCUACCAACGCCAGCACCUUCUUCGGCCCCCUCGCCAACAUGGGGCCAAGUGGUGGCAACUCCGCUCCUCACCGAGAGAAGCCUGGGAGCGUACGAGGGUCGCCGAUCGGAGCAAGUGCUCGACGAGUUCGGCAGGCUCAGAUGGGAUCACCUCCCUGAACCCCGCAUGAUGGGCCUUUGGGACAUCAUCGCUGAGGAAUCCUCAUCGAAUCAAAUGGGCGUUGAAUCGAAGUUCGAGUUCCUCAGCAGAGCGCAGAGGGCGAUUCAAUUCAUGAUUGCCCACAUCGUGUCGUACCUCACGCACUUUGUGUCUAGAAAUGCCAUCCCCGAGAUAAGAGUCCUGUGCGUCUCGCAUGCACUGUUCAUUCGCGCCCUGCUUACCCAGCUGCUCAACAUCGGAACCGAGUGGAUCAUGAACGUGGGAAGCAAGGAGCCAACAAACUUCCGGUGGUUCGCGUGCGAUAUUCGCAACGCCUCCGUCACCCGAGUGCAGACCGAGUUCGUGAUCUACGAUGCCAAGCGCGGACGCAACGACGAUGAAGGCACGGGCGGCCUCAUCGGCGGAGGCGAGAAGAAGCAGGAGUCACUCAAGAAGAAAGUACGGCUCAUGAAUCCGUUCCUGAUCUGCCUCAACGACAGCAGUCACUGCUUCCUCGACUUCACUACCGUCAGCAACGCCUGA